AUGAUGAUAAUGAUGAUGAUGAUGGUUAGGGGGUCUGGUGUGGGCGGAGCCUCGGAGCUGGCCUUCCUCAAAGAGCCCAGUGAUGUCAUUGCAGUGAGGGACCGCCCCCUGAUGCUCGACUGUCAGGUAGAGGGGGAAGGGCCUAUCUCCAUCACCUGGAGACGCAACGGUGUUCCCGUGGCAACCGGCGUCAGGGCAACGGUCCUCAUUAACGGCACGCUGCUCAUCAGAAACUUUUCCAAGAGACGAGAAAGUAACGAGACGGACGCAGGAGAGUACGACUGUGCUGCACAGAACCGUUACGGCAUGCUGAUCAGCCGCAAGGCCCGGGUCCAGCUUGCAUCCCUCCCGAAAUUCCUGUCUCACCCAGAGUCUGUUGCUGUGGAUGAAGGGGGUGUGGCCAGACUCACCUGUCAGGUAAAUGGAAUCCCAGAGGCCAACAUCACUUGGCAGAGAGACCGAUGUCCACUGAGCACAGAGGACCCCAGGUACACUCUGCUUCCUAAUGGCAUCCUGCAGAUCACCGGUGUUCGGCGAACGGACAGCGGUUUGUUUCGCUGCGUCGCUUCAAAUAUCGCCAACACUCGAUACAGCCACGAGGCCCAGCUGUCUGUCACCGUCGCAGGAUCCAGGAUCUACAAGGAGCCCGUCAUCCUAUCUGGUCCUCAGAACCUCACCAUCAACGUCCACCAGACAGCCAUCUUGGAGUGCAUCGCCACAGGAAACCCCCGCCCCAUCGUGUCCUGGAGUCGUCUCGAUGGGCGGUCCAUCGGGGUGGAGGGGAUCCAGGUUUUGGGAACAGGAAACCUGAUGAUCUCUGAUGCGACUCUGCAGCAUUCGGGAGUUUAUGUGUGUUCAGCAAACAGACCGGGCAGCAGAUCCAGAAGAACAGCACUCGGACGACUCGUAGUACAAGCUCCUCCAGAGUUUCUGCAGUGGCCUCAGUCUGUCUCCAGACCGGCAGGAGGCAGCACUGUCUUCAGCUGCACAGCGUCUGGUGUCCCUGAACCUCACCUCAUCUGGCUGAAGAACGGCAAACUGUUGACGCCCAGCAGCAACGUCAAACUCACCAACGGAAACACGACGCUCGCCAUCACCCGGAUCACACCCGAGGACGAGGCCAUCUAUCAGUGCAUCGCUGAGAACAGUGCCGGUACAAACCAGGCCAGCGCUCGUCUCGCCAUCAGCCAUGGGCCCGAACUGCCCGAGGCCCCCGGCGGCCUCCGGGCCACGGCCCUCAGCUCCAGCAGCCUGCAGCUGACCUGGGAACAGCCGAAAGAGCACGUCAGCCAGCAGAUUAUUGGAUAUGUACUGCACGUACGACGACUGGGGGAGCCGGACAGUGCAGAGCUUCAGGAAGCCGUCAGUAAAACGACUUUCAGACACGAGUUCAGCAACCUGGAGGCAGCCACCACAUACUCCAUCUACCUGAAGGCUUACUCUGCUCUGGGAGGCAGCCAGCAGUCCGACACCAUCACCGCCACCACACUGGGAGGAGUUCCCAAUUCUCCCAGUUUCUUCACUAAAGUCUUGAACCAGACGGCCAUGCAGGUGUACUGGGAGCUGCCCAGUAAACCGGGAAAACUGGAGGGCUUUAGACUGGAUUACCGCGCGGUUUCCAACCCCGGCGUCCAGGGGCAGGAGACGUUCCCGGGACACAUCAACACCCACACCAUAUCCCACCUGGAACCAGCAGCAGUUUAUGAGAUCCAGCUGGUGGCAUUUAACGGGAAUGGAGACAGUCCGUCCAACCGCCGCCUGGUGUCUCUGGCAGAGGGAGGAAACGCUGCAGCAGCCGGUUUGAGCUGCAACUGUGACCAGUCUGAUGGCUCGACGUCAACUCUGCUGGUCGGCAUUCACAGCGGCCUCGCAUGCAUCCUCUGCUGCCUGCUCUUCAUCCUGCUAGGAUACAAACGCAGUUUGUUCUGCAGGAAGGCGGUGAGCUGGGAGGCUCCACCCACCCUGAAUGGUGUCAGAGGUCCUAAAGGUCACACACCUGAGAGCAUCGAGCUCAGCCAGAGAUGUGACUCUGCCCCUCCUCCAGUGAUGGUUAUGGUUGAACCAACACCAUCCAUCCGGCCCGGCACAGGCACCGGUUAAAACACCAUAACUACUACUACCCUCACCUUACCCUCUUUCUCCUCCUCCUCCUCCUGAACUCCAGCCUGGUGUCACCUCCUCUACUCCUGACAGCCUUACAGCCACUUCAGCCUUUAUGAAUGACUGAGAUUAGAGCUAAACUUUAAGAUUAUUGAGAUGAGAGAUGAUGAUGAGUCUGUCUGAGGAACAUCAAGAGAGCAUCUGAUACCACAGGGUAUGAAACUCCAAAAAAACCUUCACAGCACCAGUUCACAUGUCCAUCUGUUUUGACUCCAAUUCAUGAUGAUUUUGUCUGCAGAUAGAAACCAAAGCUGAAAUCUUCUGCUUUGAUCUUUAAAACAAACAUUUGUCAAGAA